CGGCCCGACUGGGUUGGAGCGAGGGCAAGUCAGGGAUGCACUCUCCUCCCGUUAUGAGUGCAGCCGGUCCGCAACGGGGUCUGAGCAAUAAAGGGGCUCAGCCUUGGUUCAAUUCGGCUGCUUACACUUACGAUCCUAUCUUCAGGAAUCGAGCCGUCUCUACGUGGUCGACCCUAUCUACCACAGACAACGUAGUACUCAGCUAGUACCAAGCCAACUACUAAGUACCAGCAAUGUCCACUACCGUUCAAAAUGUAAAGGAAUCAGUCGUGGCUCUGUUCCAC